AUGCGUUUAAAAUCUCAUUAUCAUCAAAUAACAGAAUUGCUUUCUUCUAAAUCAGAUAAACAUCAAUUAUCCCAAAGCGAUUAUUAUCAUAAACAGCAACAAGAAACAAUUCCAAAAAUAAUUAAAAAUCGAUGGUCGAUACAAUCACCGAUAAGUUCAGGUUCAUUUGGUUAUAUUUAUCAAGGAAAAAAUUUAAUUACUAAUGAAAAAGUUGCUAUUAAAUUUGAAUCGAAAAAUUCUCAUCAUCCACAAUUAUAUAAAGAAAGUCAAAUAUAUCGUUCUAUUGAAGGAACUGGUAUGCCUAAAAUGUAUUGGUAUGGAACAGUAGAUAGUUAUCAUGCUAUGAUACUUGAAAUGCUUGGACCGAGUAUUGAAGAUUUAUAUAAUUAUUGUCAUAGACGAUUUACAAUAAAAACUGUUGUUUUACUUGGUCAACAAAUGCUUGAAAGAAUAUGUCAUAUACAUCGUCGAGCUGUUAUUCAUCGAGAGUGA